CGCAGUGGCAUCCGUUGUAAGUGCUAUGACAACCGUGCGAAGAUGGCUCGGAGUUAGGCUGGAGAGGGGAGGUGUCCCUUCCGCCGCGGCCGUCGGGUUUCUGCUGCGUCCCACUCGCCGCCUCCUCCAUCCUUUCCUCCUCUGUGUGAGCAGAAGGACUUGCAGUUGUUCUUGCCUGCCCAGUGUCUUCCAAGGGAUAGAUGCCGCUUCCUCUGCUGGGCUCUGGGGGUGACGGGGGCGCAGGGGAGCUUUCUGGGGGAAUUGCUCCAACUCUGUGGAGCUAGUGGUGCUGCCUGGUGGAGCUCUCUCUUUGCCCGGAACGUGGAACAAGUUCGAAGGCGAGAACGAGAGGGAAUAGUAAAGCUAAAGGUCGCUUUUCUCUGCACCCUCCGUUCUUGCUCCCUCUGUUCCGUCACUGGGACCUUGUCAGGCGUUCAGAAAGGGAAAUUUGCGGAACUAAGGUUCACAGAAAGGUGGGACAGAGCUCAUCUGACGUGGCAUCAGAGUGAAAGAAGAUGUCUUUAUUUAAAGCCCGUAAUUGGUGGUCGACUAUUCUAGGAGAAAAAGAAGAAUUUGAUCAUGGCUGUUUGUGUUUGGCUAACGUUGACAAUAGUGGAAAUGGACAAGAUAAGAUAAUUGUGGGUAGCUUUAUGGGAUACCUCAGGAUCUUUAGCCCCCAUCCUACAAAAACAGGAGAUGGAGCUCAAGCUGCAGAUAUGCUUCUAGAAGUGGAUCUACGAGAUCCGGUGCUUCAAGUGGAAGUAGGAAAGUUUGUUUCAGGUACUGAAAUGCUGCAUUUGGCUGUGUUACAUUCUAGAAAACUUUGUGUCUACUCUGUCUCAGGAAUCUUGGGUAAUGUGGAACAUGGGAAUCAAUAUCAGAUGAAAUUGAUAUAUGAACAUAAUCUUCAGAGAACAGCCUGCAAUAUGACCUAUGGACCAUUUGGUGGUGUCAAAGGUCUCCCUCUAUUGUCCAGGCUGGAGUAUAGUGACAUAAUCAAAGCUCACUGUAACCUUGAACUCUUGGGCUCAAGUGAUCCUCCUACUUCAGCAUCGCCAGCAGGUCGAGAUUUAAUUUGUAUCCAGUCUAUAGAUGGGAUGCUGAUGGUGUUUGAGCAGGAGAGCUAUGCUUUUGGAAGGUUUCUCCCCAGCUUUCUUCUGCCCGGCCCUCUUGCCUACAGUUCCCGUACAGAUUCCUUCAUUACGGUCUCUUCCUGCCGACAAGUGGAAAGUUACAAGUACCAAGUACUUGCUUUUGCAACAGAUGCAGAUAAAAGGCAGGAGACUGACCAGCAAAAACUUGGUUCUGGAAAAAGACUAGUUGUGGAUUGGACUCUAAAUAUUGGAGAGCAAGCCCUUGAUAUAUGUAUUGUCUCUUUCAAUCAGUCAGCAUCCUCUGUUUUUGUUCUUGGUGAGAGAAACUUUUUUUGCCUUAAGGAUAAUGGACAAAUUCGAUUCAUGAAGAAACUUGAUUGGAGCCCAAGUUGUUUUCUGCCAUAUUGCUCAGUCUCUGAAGGGACAAUAAAUACUUUGAUUGGAAACCAUAAUAGCAUAUUGCAUAUUUAUCAAGAUGUGACACUGAAGUGGGCCACCCAACUUCCCCACAUUCCUGUAGCAGUAAGAGUGGGCUGUUUGCAUGAUUUAAAGGGAGUGAUAGUCACUCUGAGUGACGAUGGUCACUUGCAGUGUUCAUACUUGGGGACAGAUCCUUCUCUGUUCCAAGCUCCAAACGUUGAAUCUCGAGAACUGAACUAUGAUGAACUUGAUGUAGAAAUGAAAGAGCUGCAGAAAAUCAUCAAAGAUGUUAACAAAUCACAAGGUGUUUGGCCCGUGACCGAGAGAGAAGAUGACUUGAGCGUUUCUGUUGUGGUUUCUCCUAACUUUGAUUCAGUUUCUCAAGCAACCGAUGUUGAGGUGGGAACUGACCUUGUCCCUUCGGUCACAGUGAAGGUCACACUACAGAAUAGAGUGGUAUUGCAAAAAGUCAAACUAUCCGUCUGCGUGCAACCACCGUUAGAAUUGACUUGUGAUCAGUUCACCUUUGAAUUUAUGACACCAGAUUUGACUAGAACAGCAAGCUUUUCUGCUUAUCUGAAAAGAAGUUACACACCAUCUGAACUGGAAGGAAAGGCUGUGGUUUCUUAUUCCAGACCAACAGAUCGAAAUCCUGAUGGCAUUCCUCGAGUUAUCCAAUGUAAAUUUAGACUUCCCCUAAAGUUAAUUUGCCUCCCAUGUCAGCCUUCAAAAACUGCAAGCCACAAAGUGACUAUUGAUACCAACAAAUCUCCGGUCAGUCUUCUUGGUCUCUUCCCAGGCUUUGCCAGUCAGUCAGAUGACGAUCAGGUGAAUGUAAUGGGUUUCCACUUCUUAGGAGGUUCCCAAGUUACUCUUCUUGCUUCCAAAACUUCUCAACGAUAUCGCAUUCAGAGUGAACAAUUUGAAGAUCUUUGGCUCAUAACCAGUGAGCUUAUUCUUCGCCUUCAAGAAUAUUUUGAAAAACAGGGAGUCAAAGAUUUUGCAUGUUCUUUUUCUGGAUCUAUGCCCCUUCAAGAAUAUUUCGAGUUGAUUGAUCGUCAUUUUGAGCUACGGAUGAAUGGUGAAAAAUUAGAAGAACUCUUAUCUGAGAGAGCUGUGCAGUUUCGGGCUAUUCAACGCCGGCUCUUAACAAGAUUCAAAGAUAAAACCCCUGCCCCUCUUCAGCACCUGGACACCUUGUUAGAUGGAACCUAUAAGCAGGUAAUCGCUCUAGCAGACGCAGUGGAGGAAAACCAAGGCAGUCUGUUCCAGUCGUUCACCAGGCUGAAGAGUGCCACCCAUUUGGUGAUUCUGCUGAUCGGGCUGUGGCAGAAGCUUAGUGCUGACCAGAUUGCCAUUCUGGAAGCGGCAUUUCUGCCGCUACAGGAAGACACCCAAGAAUUGGGCUGGGAAGAAACGGUGGAUGCUGCCAUCUCCCACCUGUUGAAGACGUGCCUGUCGAAGAGUUCAAAGGAGCAGGCUUUGAACCUCAACAGCCAGCUGAGCAUCCCCAAAGACACAAGCCAGCUAAAGAAACACAUCACCUUGCUUUGCGACAGGUUGGCCAAAGGCGGCCGUCUCUGCCUCAGUACCGACGCGGCGGCCCCGCAGACCAUGGUCAUGCCAGGUGGUUGUACUACAAUCCCAGAGUCAGACCUAGAAGAAAGAUCAGUAGAACAAGACCCAACGGAACAGUUUACCAACCACAGACAUCUCACUGCAGACACAUCCAGGCCUGUAUUAUAUCAGAGGGAGACAGAACCGAGAGCCACAGAAUAAGGCCUGCAGCUGGGAAUAACAAUAAUCGUGUGAUGUUGUCUACUCCAUACUCAGCGCCUCCCAUUCCAGGAUCCAUUCUGCUAUUUCCAUAACACUCCAAAUGAUUUCACAUCUGUAAGUAAUUAGUUGCAAAAUAAUCUGCCUUGGGACUGUGGGUGAGAGAGGGUUGGGCAGCAGAAGUUCCAACUGUGGUCUGACAAUGUGUAAAUCACGUAUUCCUUCCUUCUGCUUUGUCUGCCUAUCGACUGUAAAUACAUUACCCGGGUCAAGGCUAGGCCUGCAAAACACAGCCCUUUGAGAAGCUCAGGACUGAUGUUACCCGCCACAAUGGCACCGCCAGCUUCACAGUUUACAAAGCUCCUCCCUGACAUUAUCAGAAUGAUUUUCACAGCAAUCCUGAGAGGUGGGCGAGGGUAAGGUUUCCAUCUACUGUGUGGUGAAGUCAGAAGAUGACACGAUUUGUUUUGUUGUUUUCUUGCAAACAUUUUCCUAACAGUUCAUUAACUACAGUAACGCACAUAUGGAGGAGUGUAAGAAAUUAAAAUGACGGAGAUGGAUGAAUUGUCCCAAAGAGAACACUCUCAUGGAAUCAGUACCCAGGUCGAGAAACAGAACAAUAGCAACACUUGCGUGACCCCUUCCAGUCACCAUCCCCCAAGGGGGACCACCAUGCUGACUCCUAAAUAGGUGACAGGACCCUUGGAGUUAGUUUCAUGUGGAGAGGUCUGCUCGAUGCCUCUUGGAAUACAUCUUCACAUGCAAUGCAAGGCACAUGAGGAAUCAAUAAGGGAUGAAGAUUACCCAGUGUGAAGAAAGCUCAUCCGAGUUGGGACUGAAUACCAGGCUCCAGCGGAUGAAGGCUGAGUGUGUCUGUGGGAUAUUACAGGAAAUUUUAUCCGUUGCUAUCAAGAACUGACAAAAAGUUUACAUAGAAAAAAGAAAAUACGUUUCUUUCACUUUUAGAAAUUUGUGGGCAAGGAGAAAUACAGUUCUUUCUAUGGACAUUUUAAAACUCAGGCUGUAACUGCUCCUUGAAAGAUAACUUUGGUUUAAUCUUAACCAGAGGUAAGGAAUGGACCAUGUGAUCUUUCGAGAGUGUUUCCUUUCCCUCCCUGUGCCUGGCUGAGUAUUUCUGUCCAUCUCUAUGGGAAGACCGCAUUGUGUUCCUUUAAGGAAAAUGGCGUUUUGCUGGGACUAGGAGGCCGGUGUCUAAUUUACUUCUUUCCCUAGGAGAUGAGUAUGUCCCAGACAUGAAGGCUUUGCCGAUGAAUGUGCUGCGUCUCUGGGAUGGGCAGAGCUGAAGACCGACGGUAAUUGCUCCAGCCAGUAUCUUCAUCAGGUGGAUUUUGGAAGCUUACUCUCCCAUGUCCUCAGCACUAUUCUCCUUUAAGUUUUCUCCACGGUCUGGAGAAUUAGAAACCUACAGGCAACAAGCGACUUGUGGAGGAGUAGGCUGAGACUGUGCGAGGGUCAGUGCUGCCUUUGAAUGGAGCCCUUCUAGACUUGGUUGAACAAGGUCUAUGUUGAUGUGGCCUCCACUAGAAAAGAACCUGGGAGGCAGAGGUUGCAGCGAGCUGAGAUUGCACCAUUGCACUCCAGACUGCGCAGCAAGGGCUAAACUCUCACCUGAAAAGAAAAAAAAGAAAGACUCUCUCUCUUUUGAGUCGGUGUCGUCCCCUUGCUCCACCCCAGACCCAGUGAGCUCUGAACAGAGGCAUGCUAAUAUGAAAAGAGACAGCCAAGGUUUUACAUUAUGUCCAUUAAGAGAUGAAUUAUUCUCUUAAUCGUUUUUUGUUUCAUCCUCAAAUAAUUCAAAAGCUUUUAAUUCAAUGAAGGUUUGAAAAAUAGGUAAGCUUAUAAUUUUGCAAAAAAUGUGGUCAGAGAAGGAAGAAUACCCAGGGAACUUUCUAGAGGAUAUUGAGAAUGACCUAGUGACGUGCCAUUCACCUCUCAUGUCAACGCUACAAGGACGCUGCCCAGUUUCGGCUCUUUAAUGUUUUAGAAGUGCUCGGACUAUCUUUUUUACUCUUAUCAAAAAGUUUAAGACAGAGUUUGGGUUAGAAUCUUUUUUAAAAAGUUGACAUUUCUUCCCUGAUAAACACUUGCGUUCUUCUCUACACAGAUGUACCUGCUUACAGAGAUAUACUAUUUUAAUUCACGUUUUCAUCUUUGCCCUGCAGUUACAUAAAAAUGCAGAUAAUGAAUAAAAUCUGCAGGGUAAUGUUAUGAGGUUAGUUCUAAAAUGAGUGAACAGAAUGAGAAGGACAGGUUUCUUAGCUGGAUUUGAUGAUACUGUGUAUUGCAGAUAGCUUUGCCCGAGCAAGGAAGGGAACACAGCAGCUCUUGAGGCUGCUGCCAACCUAGUUGUCACUUCGCUCCUAGAUUCCUGGAUAUGGCGUCUCCAUACCAAUCUGAAAACAUAAGAGAGCUUGAAGAAAAGCAUAGACUCAAAUGCAAUAAUCACUUGGGAUAAAUAUUCUAAAUGUAUUUUUAAACAAGCCAUUGUUUAACCACCAUGAAAUACGGUCACUUAUCUCCAAAGGGAAAUAUUUAGAAUAUGAACCUCUCUUGCUGUCACAUGGUAUAAACAGAAAAGCAGGGACGUUUCCACUCAAGAGGUGCCCAGAUCAAGCCUUUUCCGAAUGACAGGAAGUGGAACCGAGACACCAUGUUAUACCUUAGACCAUCACAUUCUCUUGCAUCUCUGAAGAUGAAAUGAAAGAUUUAAACUUUAAGACAUUUAUUUUACAGCAUUUGAAUUAUAAAUGUGAGUUAUUUAACAGACAUUUUGAAAAAUGUACAGAAAAGAAAACUAAAUAAAAUAACGAAAUCUCCUUAAUCUCAUGACUCUUGCCUUAAACAAUAAAUUCGGGUUUUUGUUUGUUUGGAGUCAAAGUUCCGCUGUUGUUGCCCAGGCUGGAGUGCAGUGGCACAGUCUCGGCUCACUGCAACCUCUACCCCCGGGUUCAAGUGAUUCUCCUGCCUCGGCCUCCCGAGUAGCUGGGAUUACAGGCAUGCACCACCACACCUGGCUAAUUUUGUAUUUUUAGUAGAGGCAGGGUUUCUCCAUGUUGGUCAGGCUGGUUUCAAACUCCUGAGCUUGUGAUCCACCCACCUCGGCUUCCCAAAGUGCUGGGGUUACAGGCGUGAACCACUGUGCCCAGCCAUAAAUACAGUUUUAACGCAAGUCUGGCUCAAUUCAAAUGUGUAUUUACAGUUCUCUGAGUUUCAACAGCCCCGGGUAGCCAGCAUCCAGAGCAGUGGGGACACCACCAGCCCCAGAAGUCCCUGAUGUCCCUUCUGGUCAUGACUCUGUUCCCUCCUCCAGGUCAUCGGCCCCUGCCUUCUUUUCUAACAUAUUUAAAUAAUUUUCACUAUUUUUUUCAAUUUUUUUAAUUUUGAAAAAUUUCAAACUAGGAAAACUGAAAUAACAGUACAACGAACACUCACAUUGUCUGUACCUAGAUUGACUUAUUGCGAGCAUCUUGCCGUAUUAUUUCUCUGAACCAUUCUAAAGUUGUAAACAUCAUAUUUUCCCCCUCAUAAAAUGAAUCAUUGAUAAACCAAUGCAGUUAUAAUAGUCAUAUUUCCCCCAUAAUUUCAAUAGCUUUAUAGUUUUUUAAAAACUACACAUGAUAUGAUCAGUCAUUUACUAUCAUUUAACGACUUGACUUCAUUUAGUCUCCUUUAAUCUGGAAGAGUCUUUCUGCUCUCUCUCUUUUGUAAUAAUAACAUUUUUCAUGUCUAGGCUGUUUGUGUAAAAUAGUCUUCAAUUUGAAUUUGUCUGGCUGUUUCCGAAUGAUUCUAUUCAAAUUAAAUAUUUUGGCCAAAAUACCCCUAGUGAUGCCAUAGGUUACAUUUCCGGAGUUGGGGUGUUUUUUCUUCCAUAUCUCCAAGUACUUGUUAUUUCAUUAAGAUGGGGUGUUCACAUUUUCUCAUGCUUUGUUAUUGUUUGGGGAGGAAGAAAGUUCAUCAGCUAAAAGGUUUUUUAUGAUCUGCUUUCAUCUUCCAGUCGCUUGUAUGGAGAUGGCGCUGUUUACCCUUCGUUUUGAGAUGUUUUCUUUCCUGGACCAGGCAGCAAUUACUGUCACAUGUAGAGAGAGGUGAGGAAGUGAGGACCAGGUGGUACAUGAGGUUUCUGAAUUCAAGAUAUUCUUCUGUUUGUUUGUGAAGUGCAAUUUCAUUCAACAUUGACCCCUUUUUGGGGAGAGGCGCUUUGCCUUCUGAUUUUGUGAUUCUCCUGUUUCUACAGUACUUUAAUUUCUAUUUCUUUUUUGUUUUUCUUCAACAUCAAAUCUCUGAAGGCUGCCCUUUCCAGUUAAUCCUUUUCCUCUGGCUUCCAGAGAUUCCUACCUCUCUUCCUGCAGACUUUCAAUCUCCUUGCUUGUAAUUCUCGGUAGCCAUUGUCUCACACCUGUGUUCAGUGUUCCCAUUCGGGAUGAGACAUUCUGGCGGUGGGGGGGAGUUUUCCAUACUUACUCCCCUGCUUUCCUCUCCUCUUUUCUGCACUUGUUCUUCUGAAUUUAGUCAUUUAUUUACCUGUUUUACAUAAUUUGAAGUUUGAAGUAUUCUCUGCCUCAUAUUACGCCGUAGGCUUGGGUUACUGGUGGUUUUACUUGUACAUUUCGUUGGUCUAUGUGGUUUUCCGGAAUAUUUGGGAAGAGAUUCAGAAUACAGAAUAUUUCCUUUUGAGUUUUAUUUCCUUUCCACCUUUUUUCCUGUUAGAAGUUUACAUCAUUGUCAUCAUGGGUCUAUUCAGUGUGUUCCUUUUAACUUAAUAUCAUUGCGAUUUUCCCAGUUUCCUUCAUAAUCCUGUAGAUGCCAUCAUAUUUGUCGGUGGGCCCAUAAUAUAUUUUCCAAGUGGAGAUGCCAUGCUGUAUUUUAUCACUUUUCUGUUGCUGGAUGUUUACACUGGAGAAGGACAAUUACAAGUGUGUUUGGCAUGAAGAGAUUUAGCUCAGGCCAUUUUGAGGGAUGAGCACUUGGCUCAGGAUAAACAUAUAAUAAAUCUUUGUGGAAUCAAUGAUUCAGAAGAAAAAUAAAACUGGAUAACAUUGCCCAAAUGCGAAAAAACUGAAGCAUCUUUUCAAAUGUCCAGUUAAAACAUAUAAAUCCCAUAUCCUAAAGGAAUUUCAUUAACUGUUUAGGACUUCAUUUGAGGCCCACCAGAAAUAAAAUGUUCUGGGAUUGUCAGAUUGAAUAAAGUUGAAAACUAAGGUGUUCGCUGGAGUCAAAAUGCAACGAUUGUGUCUUAGAGUGAAGGUCAUGACAAAGAGCUUCGAUCUGAGGGUAACUUUUUUUCAGGGUGACUCCUGGGGAUAAGUAACCGUGUGACCUUGUCAGUUUGUUCUCCAUUGCAUGGGUGGUGAUGAUUGAACCAGAGCAAUGAAUGGGGCUUGCAGUGCUGGAUGUGGUCAGUCUCCAUAAAUCAUUUCUUCCAUUGUCUGAAUACAUUUGGGCAUCCAUAGUAGUUUAUUUCCAAAGUAUAUAAAGAAGCAGAGGCCAAGGGUGUAAUCUUGGAGCUGUUUAAAUAGAGUGGUUCCAGUCAAGACACGCAGCUGUUCCCAAUUAUUAGCCCAUAUAUUCUAGGUGCCAGGGAAAACUCACAAGGGUGUCACUAAAUUGAAUUUUAAAGUGACCUCCUGUUCAGAUGAAAAUCUCCUAGCUGUUGUUUUUUUCCCCCGAAUACUGGUCUCCUAUUGAAUGAGUUAGCAACACUCUUGUUAUGAAUGAAUCAUUGCUACUGCCUAUAGAGGAAAUCUGGAUUGUUCCAUAGGGUUUUCAAGGAACAUCAACUUACCUUCCAGCGAACCCCUUGUAAAUGCUGCUAGGCCAAAAGCCUGAACACAAGGGCAAGUUGGAAAUCUUCAAAAAGGGCACACUCCAAAGCUUAUCACAGAUGACAAGAGUAGCUCCUUGCCAGAGCUGUCCCUGAAAAAUAAGAUCCCUUGGACAUGGAAAGGCCAUCUCCCAACACAAAACCUUACCAUGGGAUGCCCAGGUGCCCCUUCCACCUGAUUCCAUCCACUUCCGGGCUGAAGAGCAAAACUUCCGCAGUCACGUGGUCUGGGAUUACACCUCGGCUUUAUCACCUACGUAGCGUGAUCUCAGGCAAGUUAGUUAGACUUUCUUUUAAAGAAAAUCCCCUUCGUUGUGUCUGUAAAAUGGAGAUAAUAAACUACUAACUUAAUAGGAUUGUUGUGAGAAUUUAAUGAAGUUACCUAUUUAAAGGGCUUAUCAAAUGCUCACUGCCAGUUUCCUCCUCCUCCUCCUCCUGGCCAUCAUCACUGACCAUUGUCCUACCUCCCAAGGGAAAUAUAUGUGAAAGUAAAACUCUGUUUUUCUUUAUCUGACUCCCUUUAUUGAAGUUACCCAUUUGCUGAACAGGGGCAAUUUAAAUUAUUCAAGGCAACCUAUUUUCUUUUUCUCCUUCCACAUGUGUAGAGAUUACAGGGAGAUGCCUGAGCCCCUGUUUCACAAUCCACAAAGCUAAGGGAAUCAUUUGUUAGGCCAAUGGAAACAUCUCUUGGGGUCACUUGCCGAGCCAGAAUGUCACACCGCACAGUUUUCAAAACUGACCUUAAGUCAGUGAAAAAUUCCUCAUUGAACACACUUUCCCUAGAAAAUUUCAAGAAUUAAAGCUUGAGAAAAAAUACAUUUGGUGAAUAUCGACGUAAAACAUGAAAAGUGAUGUAUAUAUAAUUCUAUGUGCCUCAGGAAAAUAUAGCAAUAGGAUAUUUAUUUCAUAAAUAUGAGCAAGGCCCAUUUAAUUAGUUGUCAGAGCGAGUGAGUCUGUGUCUCAAAGCACAUAUGAAAGCUCUCUGAACAGCAGCACAGAGGGUUUAUUUAGUUGUUCUGUUUUACUGCGGUAAGGUGCCAAGCUGACUCCAGAGAAAUCUUGCCAUGUGGUGCCUAGGAGUCUAAGUCCUAAAUUGAAUGUCAGCUGCUCUCCGUCCGUCCCCUGUCAAGAAAGCAACCUCAAGAGAAUGAGCCUUUUACUUCACACAAGCGAAUUUCUGAUAGCUGGUGUUUAUGAUUGUUUUUACAUACAGUUUUUAUGACUUGUUUUACUUAUUUUCUGUAAGUUUCCUCGAUUAUAUGUCCCUGAGUUCAGUUUUCCCCUUUUAUUCCCUCAGAGCUAACUGCAUUUGAUAUGCUGCGUUUGAUAUGCUAUCUUUUAUUAUGCAGAAGCCCUUUGAUCUCUAUGGAGGAAAGGCGCCAUAUAAAUGCAGAAAUCCGUUAUAAUCAUACAGAAGAGUGGCUUUCUGGGGGAAGUCCAGCUCAGCAGUGCCGCUGGAUAGAACACUGUACUAGGCUGUGGAAUGCGAAUGCCAAAGCGUCUGUUCAGAUGACGGCUGGUUUUAGGAGUUUCUUUUUCACAUUUCCUUUCUUACCGAAGUAAACAUAUACCCAAAAACAGUGCACACAUUGUAAGUGUUCGGCUUGAUGAAUUUCAGCAUACUGAAUACACCCAUGGAACCAGCACCCACAGCCAGAAAUAGAACAUGGCAGUGUCCCUCAUACCCCUUCUCAUUCCCUACAACCCCUAAGGUCACCACCGUUCUGACUUCUAUCACCAUAGAUUACUUUCACUUGAUUUUGAGCUUCAGAUAGAUGAAAUCACACUGUCUAUACUCUUUAGGACCUGGCUCUUUGUGCUCAGCACAAUGUGAGUGACAUUUACCCAUGCAGCAAUUCUCCAGGUCUUUCUGUUUUAUGGUAUUUUAUUGUACAAGUGUAUUAUUUAUCCAUUCUCCUACUGAAAGAUAUUUUAAUUUCCAAUGUUUGGCUUAUCUAUAGUGCCACUAUUAAUAAUAUUUUUGUAUGUGUCUUUUGGUGAACAUAUGUAUGUAUUUAUUUUGGAUAGGUACAUACAAGUGGAAUUCCUGGACCAUGAAGUACAUAUGCAUAUGCUUGAUGUUGGGAGUUAUUGCCAAACACUUUUCAGAAAUGGUUGUACCAAUUUUUGCUCCCAUCAGUGGUGUAUGAGGUGCUCCGGUUGCUCCAUAACCUCUCUGAGGGUCACCAGAUUAUCCACUUGUCCCCAUUUGCCUCUUUGGCAUAUAGAUUAUUUUGAGCUAAAGGCCAUUGAGAACCAGUAGAUGCAGGAAAAGCCCUUAAAACAGCGCACAAGUUUUCCUAUUGUAAAGCAAAUUUAUGUUAUAAAGAAAAUUCCACUUGUAGAAAUGUCUUCUCUCCCAUACCAAGAAGAGGAGGAUUCUUAACAACUCUUAUCAAUGGAGAAAGCGCCAACUUAAAUCCACUCAACACACUUUACUGAACAACCCUUUUUGACCAUACUUUUCCCAGUCACCUUCCUGUAACUUGUCUCCCCCACCAGGAAGCUCAAACUGAGUUCUAACCACCCUUAGGACCCGUCACUAGACAGUCCCGUGUGUAAACCCCAUGCACAUGCGAAUAAACUUCUUUGCUUUUCUGUUGUUAAUCUGUCUUUAGCCAGUCUAAUUUACAGACCCCACUGAGGAACCUAAGAUGGGUAGAGGAAGAGAUGUUUUUCAUUUUCUGCUACUCAUGUUGGCAUUGCUAGUCUUUCAAGUUUCAGCCAUCCUGUCGGAUGUGUAGGGAAGAAGCAGUAAUAUCUCUCCCUCACCUAUUUAAAGAUUCAUGGCUAAGACGCCCGUAAUAAAAACAGAAUAACAAGAGAAAAGCAUAGCAAACUUAUUUAAGUUUGACGUAACACUGAGGGAUCCAGAAAUGAAGUCCCCAAGAAGUCAAGAAAGCUGCGUAUGUUUAAUGGACAGUCAUGCAGAAGUAUGACCGGCGAGCAAAGGGUGUGUGAUCCAUCAACAAAGCGGGGGGAACACAGAGAGGCCGUUUCGUCCAGAUUCUUCUGUGCCUUAAUUUCUUCUAAGGAAGACUGAUGGAAUGAGGCUCUUAAAACUUACUUUAGAGGAUGGUUGGAUGAUUCUUUUGUGGCCUCCUUCAGGGGAGAGUGGCUGGGGAAAGUCAGCGAGGGCUUCCUGCUUCUGCUGAUUCCUCAAAUGCCGACAUGCCAUAAUUUGGGGAGAGCAUGUCCUGAUCCAUCUCGCUGUGGUUUUAAUUUUCACUUUUUUGAUAAGUAAUGAUGCUGGACAUUUUUACAUAUGUUUAUUGGCCAUUGAUAUAUUUCCUUUUGUGAAGUGCCCCUUCAAGUCUGUUUAUUUUACUAUAAAGUUGCCUUUUAUUUAUUGGUUUAUGAGAGUUUUAAAUUUUAUUCUUGUGAUAAGUCCUUUGUCUGGUAUGCUGUCUGUCUCAGAGAUGACUCUUAUUCUUCCUGUGGCUUAGAUUUCACUUUCCUAAGGGUGUCUUUUGAUAACACAAGUUCUUAAUUUUAAUAUAUUCCAAUGUGUAUGUAUUUUUCCUGAAGGAAAAAUUAUUUACUGCUUUUGUGACCCAUUAAGAAAUCUUUUCUUACUCCAAGUUGUAUAGCUAUGCUGUUUUCUUCCAUAAACACUCUUGUUUUGUUUUUAUAUUUAUAUCUGCAAACGCUUUGGAAUUGAAUUCAUGUACAUGGUUUGUGAUGGGGGUGAAUAUUUACUUUUAUUUCUAUGUAGCUUUGCAAUUGCCCCAGCAUCAUUUAUUGAAAAGAUCUCACUCUCUCGAUUGAAAUUUACUUUUGAAGCAAGUUCAAGGUCAAAAUUUAUAGCAGGGAGAUGACUCUCUCAUGCACAGGUUUUCAAACUGUUAUGCAGGGGCAUCACCAUGGAAUGGGUUUAAUAUGUAGAUACCUAGGCCACCCCCAGAGACUCUGAUCUGUUGCUGGAUGAUUCUCAUGCCUUGAGGCCUGGCUGGUACUCUGAGGAUUGAUGCUUCCCUCAGAACCACCCUCAGUCAACCAGACUCUGAAUCUCUCUGCCUCCUUCCUAUGUGCACAGAGACUGUGUCUCCUGUAGGUUACUGUGGCAGCUAUGAUUAGUUAACAAGUUAAUUUUGGGGGACUCUGUUUAACCAACUCAAAUAUUUUGUUGAAUUAAUAUGCUCUCAUCAUUAGUAUCUAUCAGUUAAAUCAUUGACGUGAGUUUCACGUGAGCAUUCCACUACCUCAUUUACCACCCCAUUCUGGUACUUGAAGUCCACGGCACAGCACAUCCGCCGAGACAACUUGAUUAUAUAGCUUGCCCCAUUGUCAUUUCAUCCUUCUGUUAGGAUCUGGCACAUUCAAUUAGCCUUGAGUGAACACCUACUGUUUGCCACGCAAAUAAUCAACCUUUUAUCCUCAAGGCUCUUAGAGUCCCUGGUAGAAGUGUGGGCACUGACCGACUUCCUGACAUGUGAGUGCAGUGAACAGUGAUGUACGCCGUAAAUGGGAGGGCUGUGUGCUCCUUCAGAGGAGGAGGAAAUUGCCCCCUCCUUGUCGGAGGGCAGAGAAGCCUCAGUAGUGGUGGUUGAGCUGGGUCUUAAAGAGUGUGUAGGAGUUCAGUGAAGGUUAAGUGGGUGAGGCUAUUUCAGGUAGAGGAAAAAGACAUGAAACAGCUCAGCACGGUUAAGGAACUGCAGAUGAUUCCUCAUGUGUGCAACGUUUCAGCUCAGCACGGUUAAGGAACUGCAGAUGAUUCCUCAUGUGUGCAACGUUUCAGGAACUCAGAAGCCCCUGUAAGUUGGGAGGUAGGACCGCUGUCCCACUGAAUUUCAAACAAGUCAUUCCCAACUGCCAGACGGAAUUCCCAUUUAAAUUAGUGAAAUUUUUGGUGAGACAGCCUGUGCCCUGCAGUUGCCUGUGGUCCCAGAGGAUAAAGUCUGUUUCCUUUUGAAGGACAUACAUGUAGAUCAACCUGGAAGGAGUAGGCCUGGCCAUCAGUGUGCGACUCCAUUGCAAAGUGCUUGCUGCAGAGUUGCCUUGCCUGACACAUGACACAGUUAGUGCUGAGGGGAGCCGGCAUCUGCUCUCACCCUCCUUUGCUGAAGAAGUACGCGUGGUGAGGAGGUGCCCCCUUACUGACCCUUGCUGGGGAUGGAUGGGUAGUGGAGGCUCCUGACAACAGCCACCUUUCCCAAUGAGGUCAUGAGGACCUCAGUGCUGUAUGAUGGGGAAGGAUAUAGCCAUUUUUGUACCAUAGAUAAUAAAAGGAGAAAACCCUACUAAUUUGAUGUAAAAAAGAUUCAAAGUCAUAAAUAUCUCAAACUGAAAGCAAACCCCAGAAAGGCUAGUUUUGAAAUUGGAGGUAAUUAAUUCCUCAUGCGAUGAGCUGAAAUUCAACCCAGACAGCCCUUUUUUUGUUGUUUCUUUCAGACGGUUUACAGUCCAGUGGAAAGUAAAACCAUGCGAUCCCUUGGUGUGGUACAGUUUUACUAUGUGUCUCUUUUUGUGAUUUUGCUCAUUUUGAUCACUUUUUACGUGAACAUGCAUAUAAUGAAUGCAGCUCCUCUUGUCCAUGAGAUUUAUUUUACCCCAAGGAUCUCUCCUCUCUCCAUUGGUAGUCAAAUUGCUAGUGCAUUUCUGCACAAAAGACAAGAUCUGCAGACUAGAGCAUCGAAGGUGAAUCGCGACAUUAAUUUGAAAUUCAGAAUUAUCUUUAACUCAGAAAAAAAAAAUGCUGCUGUUUUGCAAAUCAAACCUGAGUUCAAAGUCAAAUAAUAAGGUUUCGACUCCAUAUUCAGGGAACCGUGAGCCUCCAUAUUGCCCUGACCUUUGAGGGUCUUGUUCUUAAACUCUCUUCUGCAGUGAAGUCGAAAAUCUUAUUAAUUCCUAAAUGUGGUGCUCAUAUUCUCAACUCCACACCCUUGCCUUGUUCAUUCUCCAAGCCUGGCAUAUCCUUAUAGCCAUUCUUAUUUUGUCCUCCACACCCUUGCCUUGUUCAUUCUCCAAGCCUGGCAUAUCCUUACAGCCAUUCUUAUUUUGUCCUCCACACCCUUGCCUUGUUCAUUCUCCAAGCCUGGCAUAUCCUUACAGCCAUUCUUAUUUUGUCCUCCACACCCUUGCCUUGUUCAUUCUCCAAGCCUGGCAUAUCCUUACAGCCAUUCUUAUUUUGUCCUCCACACCCUUGCCUUGUUCAUUCUCCAAGCCUGGCAUAUCCUUACAGCCAUUCUUAUUUUGUCAGUGGGACUGUCCACUGCAAUUAAGAUGUGCAAGAGAAAAAUAAAGGUUUUUUUCCUCUAUAACCAUCUCAUAUCCUGCAGGAGCCUCUACCCUUCUAAGUAGUAGGAGAGAAAAGGAUAACUAAGUACAGAAUCCACCUUCAAUCUUAGCCCCAUAGUACCUUCGAGUCUCUCUAGGUAAACCUGUCUUUGGUGAUGAUUGUUAAGCCCCUCUGAUUUCCAUUCCCGGUCCCCUGCUUGCCUUUAGGUAGUGGCUGGCUGUGGUGGAGUGGACACAGCACUUGCUCUCAUGAGCUAGUCCCUGGAUCUACAUCAAGAUGGUGCCUGCAUCUAUGGAUGGAUUCUGGUCCUACCUUGGCCCCUGCCGCGCUGAAGCUCCAGCCUUGCCCCUGGGUUUUAUUGGUCUAUUUUUCUGAUGUCUGCAGCUGACACACAUGUCACCUAGUCUUUCUCAGCUGGGUGGCUCCUCUUUGUCGAUGCAAUGCCCUCUUGGUCUUACACCCACUCCCUGACUCAGGCACUCUGCUUGGGCUCUGCCAGGAGAUCAGUGUGCCCUGCUGGAUCCCAGGGCAGACCUGCUGGCUCUCAGCUUGGCGCUGAGGGAGCCUCUGGAGUAGACACUAGCCCUCCCUACCUGCUACGUGCUCUGUCCUCUCCCCUCUGCUGGGUUGCCUCAUGUCUCACUCAUGUCCGACUCUCCAUUACCUAGAAGAAUUUCUGGUACUUUGCUCAGUAAGAUGCUUUUGCAAUUGAACUGGAUUGUGGAUUCCUUUCAGUGGGCUGGUCCAUGCUUUAUUUGGCAAAUAGAUGCCAAUGGCCACUAUUUUCCCAAAAUUUUAUGAAGCUAAUGGUCGAUACACCCAAAGCAGAGGGAUCUUCUUAUCCCCAAAGCCUGGCUUUCAGUGUUGUUUUAACCCUUCUAAAAUCUCAAGUUUCUCUAAUAAAAACCACGGUAGUCUGAAGUGCUGGAAUUUGGAAUUUCUGCCUUCCUCGAGUGCUGAUACCCCAAUUUUAAGGAAUGUGGGGAAAGGGAAAUAAAAAGUUCCCCAGACGCUGCUGGAGUUUUUAGUUUUAUUUGAACAUAUUUGGUGGGAGAAAGAAAUGAGAGUGUGUGAUGUAUUUUCUUUCUGAUUUCUUCUCCUUUGUUGUUUUUUGUUUUAUCUGAGCACCUGUAGAAAAGUUUCCUUAGAACACUCCCAUGUGGGGAAGUACCCAGUUUGAAAGCUAAGCCAAGGAGGGAUCUAGACGGUUUGAGCAGACGGUCCCAGAGGCUCUGGGGAAAUGAACUUUCUCCUGCUGAGUUGUGUUGGGAUGGACAGGUGUGAUUACUUUCCCCACCCAUCAUAAGGGUCAUGGCCACCACUUCUAACAAAAGACAGAUUAACAAGAGAAAGCAUAACAAAUGUAUUUAAUCAAAGUUUUACAUGAUGUGAGAGCCCUUAAAGAUGAAUAUUCAAAACCCCAGGGAAAACUGUUUUUAUGCUUAGACUUAAUGAAGUAUGGACAGCCAUGUAGAACUGUGACCUUAUUGGCAGCAGACCAAGCGGGGAACCCCAGCAAGGCCUUUCUGUGUAGCAUUCCUUCCGCCUGGUGAUGGGGCAGGACCCCCCUGGAAUGAGGGUUUUCAGGGGGAAGGGAGAAGGAAGAGAGUGAUUCCUCUAGAUCAGUUUGUAGGUUUUCUGGCUUGCUUUUGGAGAGAGGGUUCUAGUUUUUAUGACUCCACCUUGGGGAGGAGGAAUUCUGGUUUCUAUGAUUCACUUCAGAGGAGGAAGAGGGAUGGGAGACAGGGGGAUAGAGAAGAUCAGAGGGACCUUGCUUGUGAGAUUUUUCCAAUGUCCUUCAGUUUAAAGUCCUUAGCACACCAAAGUGCUGUCUUUGGGAGUAUCGUGCUCUCAGUCCCAGCAUUUGUAAGGCCAGGUGGAAGAGGGCUCCUGGAGAUGCGGGGACGCUGGUUCAUUAACUCACACAACUGUUUCUUGAGAGUCCUGGUGCUGUUUGACCCUGCGCACAGAUUAUCUUCAGAGAGAAUGACUGUCCACGAUGCUGAUGCCGCUUAGGAUGAGUGAGGGGAGUUUGCAAGGGGAGAAGGAUGCAGACAGCCCCAGAUGUUUGCUUGGAGGCCCAUACUCAGAGAUCGGAACACUGUCCAGGGGUGUCUUGUGGUACAGAGGGCAAGAGACAGAGUGCGCUGGUAACACCAUACAUGUCUUAGCCAAAUGUCUCUUUUUAUAGAGCUUUCCCUUAAAAGUUGCCUUUUCUGGCAUUCUUUGUCAAGAGAAUGUACUCUUUUCCUUCACUGCUGUCUUUGUGACUUAAAGCUGUGAAUGGUUUCACAUUUUGAAGUUCAAUUCUAGAUAGGAUAUCAAUGUUAAAACUGGAAACUGAUCUAGAGGAAACCUUUUGAAUCAGAUGUGCUAUGUCCCUUUUAAAUUUGUGUUCGUUUCUAGUAAGUGAGCAGCGCUGGGAUUUCAGGACAAGUUUGGACAUUGGAAAUAGUGUUGAAAAUUAAUGAAGUCCUCUCAUACCAGCAGUGUCUUCCUGACUGACUGUUUUAGGACUAUUUAAUUUUUAAUGGUGAUAUUCUUUCCUGAUUUUAUAGCAAGUAAGUGACUUUAAAUAUGAACACACUUAUUCUUUUUCGGCACAGUAUUUCAAAGUUUAAGCUGAGUUUUUAAAACUUACAGUUUUUGCAUUCUUAAAUUUUUAUAACUAUAGUGAAGCAGGAAAAUGUAAAAAUUUGGGUUCAGUUUUCUUCCUGUGUAUUAUUAUCUCAUAUUAUUUCCAUCCAAAAUGGUAAAUUUAAUUGGAAGCUCGUGUGUGUGUGUGUGUGUGUGUGUGUGUGUGUUAUCACCUUUUGAGGAAAAAAAUGAAAACUGGUAGGAUGGUAGAAAAUGGGGGCAAGAGGAUCAGGUCUGUCUUAUGGAACAGGAAAGUAGGUGGUUUAACUUGAUUCACAGUUGCUGUACUGAUAAAAAGGGGUUGCUAUUCAUGAAAUAGUAGAUCUUUUGUAUCUAUUUCAUCUUUAUUAUUUCAAUGAUCUAAAUGCACAUGGUAAAUGACACUAAUUCAUGUGCUUUGUGUGGGCAGGAGUUCAAAGGCCUCAUCGGCAAGAGAUCCGGGAACCGAGUGGGAGCAGCCCCCACACUCGCCCCGCUACACACUGACUCUGUAAUAAACUUGCUUCAUCAAGCAACUCCAUAACUUUUAUGGGGAGAAAUUAGGACUCAAUUAACGUCAUUAUCUUCCUCCUUUGGGGCCCACUUUAAAGCACGGCAGGCCUGAAAAUGGCCUAGAAGGAAUAGAAUUUGGUGCUAACAGAGAGCUGCUGUUAAAAGCAUGCAGAGUUUCAGAGAAAGCUCAGAUGCAAAGGAUAAGUUAUGAUCACUUUAAGGGUCAGGAAGUAGAAUCGGUUUGUUUCAGGGUGGAAGGAUAUGGCAGAGCUGUGUGGAAGCUUAAGUUGUACAUAGAGAGCCCUGAGUCCCCAUUCCAGCUCCACUCCAGACUGUGUGGCCAGCUGUUCCCUUUUCCGGACCUCAGCAGAUAGAGCUUGGUAGAGCUUCUAAGCUCUAUUCACUUCCAGCCGGGAAAGGCUCUUUUUACCGGUAGGUGCAUUCCAUAAUGCUGUACGGCAACCAGCUGAGUCUCAGAUUUUAUUUUCUCCAUGAUUUUAGUUAACCUGAGGGAAUGACUGGGGUUCCUACUGUAACGCGUCAGUUCCAUUGGCACCGAGGGCCAACAUCACAUGCUGAUGGUUAGUGGGUUAGUCAGUGCUGGUGGGGACCAGCCCUUCUCCUCACUCGGAUUGACUGUUCUUCAGGCCUUAUUAUAAUACCAGUGGAUACAGAACCCACGGGUCAGAGUUCAGUCUUGUCUCCUCACUCUGAGCAACGUGAAGCAGUCUAACUCCCAGCAGGCAUCAUGUCUGCUGGUGACGAGCAGCAGGGCAGAUGACUGAUGUGGAACUGUGUGACAUCAUCCAAUUGUCUAUCUUCAAACAGAUUUUCAGCUCUGCUAGAAGAAUGUAAAUUUGAAUUUUAGCAGUUUCAUUUCAGGCUACUUUACUUUUUUGGAUUUUUUUCCCCUAUUAUUUUAAAUUACAAAACGAUAAACCAUCAGUCUGAGAUUUUGCUAAAAAUGUUUUGGCAUUUCGAGCUGGUUUUUUUUUUUCAAUAAAGUUAUGAGACAUUCUUUGCCAAAACAGACACUGAGGUUUGUUGUGAAAGUCAUUGAGAUACAAUUUAAGCCUAGCGCUGUUUUGAGUCAUUUGAAAUUGUUUGCACUUUUCCCCCAGUGGUCCAGUUUCAAAUGGAAUAAACUUGGAAAACUAGGCUGCCAUCACCUAUAUGAUCCUGAAAAAUACUUUUGAAAGGAGUAAUAUCUUACAUAUCCUAUACAAAUAGACCACAAAUUUGGGCUCAUAAUUUGAUGAUUUAAUGGAAAAAUCAUUGUAUUUUAAGUAACAGUUAAUUAAUCUGAGUAAAUACUCUGGUUGCCCAUUAGUAGGUAGGCAGCAUGGAAUAUAAGGUGCUAAAAGGUGAAAUAUCCCAUGAGCCUCAGUAUUGCCAAGGACAGAAAUCAAACACAGCAAGGUCUCGAUUCUGCAAAUGAUCGUCUCAUACUGUCUCCUUUUAAAACUUCUUCAAAGAGUGGGAGAAAGUAUAUAUUUAUAGAUGAGAAUAAAUAUCUAAAUAAAAUUUAAAAAGCGCUAAAGAAAGAGACUAUAGGAAUGUUGUAUAUUGAUUCAGGUCUAACAAAUACAAAACCAGUCACUGGUGAGGAAAGGAUCUUGGCACUGUCUUUAGAAGUCUUUUUAAUAUAUGUUUCUAUAAAGUUGGCUGUAGAAAACUUUUUCCUGUGGAACAUAGUGUUAGAGGUGUACAUUUUCAAAAGAGAAGGAAGGAAAUAGUCCCACUAUGUAAUAAAAAUCAGUGUUGAGAUGGAAGUGACUUUUAUAAAUCACACGUUUUAGGAUAUAUGUUAUACUUUUCUGCCUAAUCAUUCUAACAGUCAAAUACGUAGCAACGCAGGCACUGCAUGGAAAAUGAACAUAAUUUACAAUCAGUUGCAUCCUCCCAAGGCUAAACCUUUGGAUUGCCUCAAGUUUGACAUGAGAGAAAAUUUAGCUAAAUUUAGUCUUUAGGAUAAAUAAAUAGCCCUCGUGAGGGUCUCUAGCUUUCAGCUGCCCUUGGGUUCUGGUGGGAGCCAUCUUGGACUCUCUUGGUGCUACUGAAGUGUGUCUUCAUAGUCAGUGGGAUCCACUGCAGCUUCCAUUUGAAGAGCCUACUUAUUAAUGUCAUCGCAGUUUUCUGAACAGUGGGUUUCCCUUGUUAAGCAGGAGUCACUGCACAAAGAAAAUGCUCCUCAUAUUUUCUCAUUCUCCCCUUCACUUCCAGGAACAGGAAAGAGUGGUAGAGUCUCAUCCAUUCAAUGAAUAUUUGCUGAGCAACUGUAGCUGCCGGAUAGGGUGCUAGGUGCUGGCACAUAGGCCUGGCACUCACAAGGCUUUCUGGAAAAUAUAACAGGCUGAUAGUCUCUGCCAGGCUAAAAAUCUUUCUUUUCAGAAUACUGAAAAAUACAUAUUAUCAGCGUAAGUGGCCUAAUAGCAUAAGUAAUACCAUAUAACUUGUUGAGCCUUUAGCCUAUUCACUGCCUAAUCUAACACAUCUUUUCCACUUAAAAUAGGAGACAGUUUAAUGGAGCUGACUAGUUCACAGCUGAUGGGCUGUGUGCUCUGUCAUGUUAGCUGCUGUCUGGAGAGUUUCAGUACCCACCGCAGGUCUCAGUGAGGGGUGUCAUCUCUGUCCUCUGAUACGAGAGUCACUGACACACAUGGACUCUAUGACGUGGUAAGAAAGGGUAAUGGAGAUGUCUUCUGUGAUGUAGACACUUCCAAAUUAAGUGUCAGAGUCCUUAACAUUUUGGAGAAAUAUAUAUGAGCCAAUACAUUAAUCGCAAAAGGGAUAAUAACAGAGCCACUUUGCUCCAUGGAUGUGAGUGUGACUGGAAGGACAUAUACCCAGGAACUGGCUGGGGUGUGAGCUCAGGGGUGGCCCAGGGUGGUGAGGGCUGCAGCUUUUGAAAUUUGGGGAUAUCCCAUAAGAAAAAGAAAACAAAAAUCUGAAGUAAAAAUAUAAUAGCUCUCAAAACAUUCAAGUAUGUUAAAAGCCAACGAUUAUCACAAAAAUGAUAACAUCCAGAAUGGUGUAAUAGUUGUACUAAUGAUCUCCUGGAUAUCCAACCUCAUUAAUGCAUUUUCCCUAUAUUUUUGAGCUGCACACUCUGACUACCUCUUCAUAGGACAAUUUGUAUUAGAUUUUCUGUGGAGUGAAUAAGAAGACAAUUUUGCUUUUCCUCUGGCAUGGUUGAUCAGAUUAACUUCUUUUGCUAUUGAUAAUUUUCAAGUUUCUUUCAGCUUCACACAUUGCUAUUAGUAAGGUCUUGUUAGACUCAAGCAAUCCCCCCGCCUCAGCCUCCCACGUAGCUGGGAUUACAGGCAAGCACCACCAUACCCAGCUAAUUUUUGUAUUUUUAGUAGGGAUGAAGUUUCACCAUGUUGGCCAGGCUGAUCUCGGACUCCUGACCUCAAGUGAUCUGUCUGCCUCGACCUCCCAAAGUGCUGGUAUUACAGGUGUGAGCCACCGCACCCAGUCAGAGCAUUGUAAGUUUUAUAUGAUCUUCAUCCAUAGCAGUAAUUUCAUGUCAGACAGCAAAAAUAAAAAAAAAAAAGUAAAACUCUGUAGUCAUAUGAAUCCACUCUUCUUGUUAGAUGGAAUACCAAAUCUACGACCUCCUUCAUGAUUUCUGCCCAAUAUCUAUCUCUCCUUCUUAAGGAAUUACUGAUUUUGCAUGCUUAGAAAAUGUUUUGGUUACAAUUUGCUUUUUUUUCUUCUUCUUAGAGACAGGGUCUUUGUCUGUCACCCAGCCUGGAGUGCAGUAGUGCCAUCUCGGCUCACUGUAUCCCUGGCCUCUUGGGCUCAAGCAGUCAUCCUACCUCAGCCUCCCAAGUAGCUGGAACUCCAGGUACAUGUCACUAUGCCUGGCUAAUUUUUUAAAUUUUGUUGUUGAGUCGGGGUCUCACCAUGUUACUCAAGCUGGUCUUGAACUCCUGGGCUCAAGCUAUCCUCUGGCCUCGGCCUCCCAAAUUGUUGGGAUUACAGAUGUGAGCCAUCAUGCCUGGACCAGUUUGCUUCUUUAUGUCAGAAUUGUUUCUGUUGAUUCCAUCUAAAAAUAAAUGAGAUGUCCUUACCUGGUACAGUCAUAAUUCGUGUGGUACAUAUUAAAGCUUUUGCUUCGAUCAGCAUUGGUGAGAAAUGAAAUUCUCUCAUACGUCUGAUUGGAAGAACUUUCGGCUGAGUAGUUUCUGGCUCCAUAUAUUUUAAACCUUGUUUCCCCCCCACUACCUACAUACUUUAUGUGCCAAGUGCCACGGGCUCAUUCCCAUCGCACAUGACCCCUCUGGCCUUGCACCUUCAUCUUACACAGGUGAAUCAACACAGAGAGCUGUGGAAGUUUUCCUGGAAAAACUUCCUACCAGGAUAUCUGGGACUUAACUGUGCAUGGAAGUAACCAUAAACCACACAACUCAAUUCCACUAUAAACCCCAAACCAAGUGUAUUUCCAAUUCAAUGUACCCCUAGGCCAGCGGUUCUCAGCUACUGGGAAUUUUGCCCCGCCAUGGCCUCAGAUAUUUUUGGAAAUGUCUAGAGGCAUAUUUGGUUGUCAUGACCAUUUUGGAUGGUGUUGGUACUGCUGGAAUUGAGUGGGUAGAGGCCAGGGAGCCUAGAAAUAUUUUACAGUGCAUAGGGUAGCUCCAACAGAAAUGGGGAUCCAGCCCCACAUGCCAAGAGUGCCAAGGCUGAGGCAUCCUGACUGGAAGGGUCCCCUAAAGGCCACAGCCACUCCAGUGCCCUCCAAUGUGAGCAGAGCUGUGAUGAAGGUGAGAGGGGAAGUGACUGCAGUUAUCACUGAUAUCAGCUAAAGUAGUUUGAUUUCGCAAAUAUUGGGAAACAGCAACCACAGGGGCAUAAACACCUUGCUAGGGAGUCAGGGGCUUUGGAAGGAGCCAGAAAGUGAGGUGCCCUGAAGCUUCAGCUUCAUUCGUUUUAUAGUAAUAAAGUUUAAAGACUUUUUGGUGCUUCACGUUGGAUUCCUUCUUCCCUGUGUUCUCCAAAGAUACAAUGUGCGUUGCGAAGAUAAGGUGGUAAGCGCCCAUUAGGCACUGAGCCGGGAGACUCUGCCAUUUUUCUAACCGCAUAGCCAACUGCUGCAGGCGGGAGGUGGCCGCAGCUGGUCUGUGCUUUUCACCUGAGGUCCGGACCCCUCACAGAUUUCUCACAGGCCCUGCUUCUGGGGGAUGGUGCUGGUUUCUUUGCUGAGAUGUUGGCCCAUUAUGUUUUCCUUCACCAAAUUUUCCCCAAAUGUAUUGUCUUUAUUAUGUCUGAAUCCACAGUAGCUCUUUAAAAUAAGGCUUUUCUCCUUCUGUUGAUAAAGUAAUCAUGCAUAUGGAAGAAAAUUUAGAAAGUGCAGAAAAUAUAAAGAAAGUAAAAACAUCCUAUGAAUCACUGUAAUUGGUAUCACUGAUUAACAUUGUGGUGUAUGUAUUUCCUCUAAUCAUUUUCUGGGAUGUAUGCGUACGUGUGUUGUAUCAAGUUUUCUGUCUUUAUCUCUUGUUUUAUUUAACAUAUCUCAUACUUUCUGUCAUUAAAUAUUUUUUGAAAUAGGUAUUUUUUCAUGACUGUAUGAUAUUCUGUCCUAUGACUAUAUUGUAAUUUAUAGAAACAUUUUGCUUGUUAGAUGUUAUAUUUACUCCCUGUCUCCCACAUUUAUAAAUAAUGCUGUAAUGAACAUCCUUAUACAUAACGCUCAGACCACAUCUUGAUUAUUUUCUUAAAAUGAAUUCCAAGAAUUUGACUUCUGGGCAAAUAUUGAACAUUUAAGGUACUUGAUCCCAGUAACAGAAUUAUUUUCCAGGUUACAGUGUAAUUUAAAUUUGAUUCCUGAUGUCAUCUUGAUGUAAACCCAGGAAGUUUAAUGAGAAAAUCAGACCUCAACUGAAAUAGCCGUGAUUACGUAAAACAUAUGAAACUUUCCCGCCAGGAACACACAAUGUUUGAUCUGAAGGUGGCUUGAGACACUGCCUCAUUUUAUGUGAGUCUGAAGUGAAGCCUCCAGAGGCAAAGCACUCAACUGGGGGUGAACAGAAGAUGGGUGCAGGGAUGGGAUGUGAACUACUGAUGCUAAUGUCAGCAGAAUAUUGUUCGAUUUUAAAAUUGAUCACUAUAUUUUACGUGGUUUUCAACUUUCUAUCUAUCUGAACAUAGCAAUUCCAUAAAAUAGGCAAGGCAAGAGUUGUGAUGGCCAAUUUGCAAAUGAGAAAACUGAAGCCCCAAGACACUGGGAGCCCUGUGUGUAGCCCUGCAGGCAGCCUGAAUCCUCUGUUCCAUCAUGCCAGCAUCUUUUGUUUUUUGACUUUUUCAUAAUCACUAUUCUGAUUGGCAUGAGAUGGCAUCUCAUUGUGGUUCCGAUGUGCAUUUCUCUAACAGUCAGUGAUGUUGAGCUUCAUAAGAUGGCAUCUCAUUGUGGUUCCGAUGUGCAUUUCUCUAAGAGUCAGUGAUGUUGAGCUUCAUAAGAUGGCAUCUCAUUGUGGUUCCGAUGUGCAUUUCUCUAACAGUCAGUGAUGUUGAGCUUUCUUUCAUAUGUUUGUUGGCUGCAUGAACGUCUUCUUUUGAGAAAUGUCUGUUCACAUCCCCACUUUUUAAUGGGGUUGUUUCUUGUAUGUUGGUUUAAUUUCAUUGUAGAUUCUGGCUAUUAGACCUUUGGCAGAUGGGUGGAUUGCAAACAUUUUCUCUCAUUCUGUUCACUCUGAUGAUAGUUUCUUUUGCUGUGCAGAAGCUCUUUAGUUUAAUUAGAUCCCAUUUGUCAACUUUUGCUUUUCUGUGGUAUUUCUUAAAGCUCCUCAAAUGAUUCCAGUGUGCGGCCAGGGUACAGAACACUGCACUCCACCUAGGAUAGCAUAAGGAUUCACCUGUCCUGCCUCCUCUGAUCAUUUUGUAGUCUUGCCUGGAGGCUAGUGUUGAGAACGAUUCUGAUGCCUUCUUGUCUUAGUGAGAAAGUGAGCUGGGACUCACUUUCUAUAAUGUCUGCCAUGAACUAGACUGGGGAAGGACAUCAAAAGUGUCGUUGCUAUCUUGGUACUACAUCAUAUUGCCAUUGCGUUUAGUGUCUAGAGAGCAUGUUUUCCUUAAAGACCCUUAAAGACAAGGGUACAAGCAGGAGUUAGUGUGAGGGUAUGACUAACAACCAGUCAUGAAGGUUCUAAAGCAACUUGCUAUGGCAUGGUAAGAAUUUCAGGAAUAUUUUCCUAGCACUGUUAUCGUCAACACAAACAUGAGUCAGGCACAGGAUUGCCAGGUUAUAUUUUGGAAUAUGUCUCCAUAGAACUCAUGAACUGGCCUUUUAUUUUGCUGGUCUUGGGAUUGGUUCUGAAACCUUCCAAAGUACAUUCUAAACAGAAUGGCAAAGUGAAGACAGAAAGCUCCGUGUGGCUUUUGGGGACUCGUGUUAGUUUGCUGGGCAAUCCUAACAAAAUAACACAGGCUGGGUGGCUUCAACAACAGAACUCUUCUCCCAGUUCUGGAAGCUGGAAGCUCAACAUCAAGGUGUCAACAGAGCUGGUUUCUUCCGAGGCCUCUUUCCUCAGUUUCUCACUGUGUCCUUCCAUGGACUUUCCUCUGCAUGUUUGCAACCCUGGUAUCUCAUUGUGUCUGAAUUUCCUCUUCUUACAGAGACAGCAGUCAGAUUGGAUCACAGCUCACCCCGAUGAGCUAAUUUUAACUCACAUCUUUAAAGAUCUUAUCUCUAUAGACAUUCUCAUCCUGAGUCACUGAGGGUUAGGGCUUCAAUAUGCGAAUUUCAGGGAGACGUAGUUCAGCCCACAAUAGGGCUGGUCCUUGUGAAGCCUCGCAAACUAAUGCCUGACCUUGUUUAUUAGGGGCGGAGGCUUUGGGUUAGGACCAUCUCAACCAGGGGCAAUUUAUCCCCCAGGGGACAUUUGGCAAUGUCUAGAGAUAUAUUUGUCAUAUUUAGGAUCAGGGGUUGCUAAUAACAUCUAGUGAGUAGAGACCAGAGGUGCUGCUAAAUAUUCUAUAAUGCACAGGACAGCCCCUGUGCCCCCAGUAACAAAGAAUUAUGAGGUCCAAAAUGUCCCUUGACAUUUUGCUGAGGUAGAGAAAUCCUAGGCUAAAUCGGCUUCAAUUUGAAUCCCUGUGACGACACCUGAUACAUGUGUGAAUGUACACUGCAUCUUUACAAACAUCCUCAUCUGUAAAGUUCUCACAGUGGGUUAAACGAGAUAAUCUAUUACAGCUCUUAGCACAUAGCCUGACUCCUGGGAAGCUCUCAACAGCCUUUAAGUGCUCUAUAGAUUUCUCACCCACAGAUGCCUCACUAGAGAGCUCAGGUUGGAAUUAGCAUUGGAAGCAUCCAGCAUGAGAAAAGAGGGACAACCCAUCCAGGCACAGGGAGGUAAUUGGGGCCACGAGAAGGCAAAGGUCACAACCUGCAAAAAUAGACUACAUUCCAUAUCUUUGGAUGUUUUCCAGUUUUAAAUGUCUCCUUCACUGGGCGAAAUAUGGCUUGAAUUAGGGGCAGCCCUUUCUCUGAAUGUAAAAGGUUACAUCAUGCAUUUCCAGUAUCUGGGCAGCUUGCUGCUUCUUCCUUGAAAUCAUUUUAGUAGAGAAUUGUUGGGCACAUCAGAAUUCUUGCUCACCGUGUCAGAUCCAGAAGGUCCUGGAGGAAAAGGGAGAGAUAGACAGAGGAGUAGAAAACAUUUGUUCAAGCAGGGAAGACUGUUUGACAUACACCAAUAUCUGCAGAGUUUUCUGCUAAUUAAAACAGUCAUUAGAAUGCAUUUUCAUAUGAGACUCUGUUCUGGCAUUUGUACAGAAAGAGUGACUUGAGCCAUAAAGUGGUUUUGUCCUCUUUCAUUAACUUCCUACACUCUACAAAGUGUGGUCGUUGGACCAGCAGCAUUUGCUUCCUGGGGGUGGGGUUGUGGGGAGCUGGUGAGAAAGGCAGAAUCUCAGGUUCUACUCUGGGGACCUGGGGAGGUAGGACCUGCAUUCCAGUGACAUAGCAAGUGAUGCCUCUGCAGCGUGAGAAGAGCUACUCUAGGCUGUGAGCCAUUUCUCUCUCCCCCUUUUACUCGUAUUUAAUGGUUUCAUGGAUCUCUUACACUUGUAUUUUUUAUUGUGGGCCACCUCAAAUCCUUUUCGGGCCUUGAUGUUGUAUAAUAUUUAGUAAAUGUUAAGUACCAACUGUCCUCCAAACCAGGGUUUGGUGGUCCAGGCAUUUUCACAUGUAUUAGAGAAAUGAUUUUAAUAACAGCUUUAUGAAGGAGAAAGAGGAGCCAAGUCGUUUUAACUCAAUUCAGUGUUAAUAAGUAACCACCAUUAAUUGAUCAUCUACUGUGUAUUAGCCCUGGAUAUGCAAACUCACUCAGUCCCCACAAAAUUCUCUGAGGUGGAUGUUUUUAUCUCCAUUGUAUUGGUUAGGAGUGGAAGCUCAGGAAGUUCAUAUGCUCUGAGGAAGGGGGCCUUUGCUAAGCAGUGGCUUCAAGGGUUUUCCCUAGCUCCUAUCACCAGCACCAAAACACCCACUAAAAAUAAAUCUGAUAAGUAAUUAUACAAUUGAGGUCAUUUUGCAUACAACUGUGCAUAAUAAAUAAAAUUGUGCUUGUGAUACAAACGUGCUUCCAGACACUCCCUUUCUUUCCACUUGCUUAUUCUCCCACUGCCCUUCCGAAGGGACCUCUUGGAGUGAAGCUGCUCCCAGCACCACUUUGCUUCACCACAGUGACUCCAAAGUUUUGGCUGGAAACGAAGGAAGUGAAAGUUCUAAGUUACUUGCCAAGUGCUUUUUUUUUUUUUUUUUAAUUUAAAAAAUGUUUGUACUUAUUAAAUUUCAACAAGUGUCAGUAGCCAAGUGUCUUAAACUCAGGAAGACUUUGGGAAAUUUUCUACGGCAUUACAACAGACCUUCCAAGGAGUCCCUCAACUUGCCAGUCCAGAGUCAUCCCCUGUCUGGUCCCUUUAAACAGAAGCCAUGUGAUUGACUCUCCUGGAGCGUGUUGCUCUCCUUCGAUUAUGAUUUUAAAAGCCCAUAUGACACUGGUGUGUGGACUUAAUAUCUUUCCAUUAUGCUCUGGGCAGAGGGAAGGUCCCAGCAUGGGUUUCUGCGACUGAAGGAAGACUUAGAAGACCUGGAGUAGAAGGAGUCGAGAUCGUUAAGUGUGGAGGUGUGGCAAGGAAUUGCAAGGAAAGCCUGGGCUGUAGAGUCAACCAAGUUCGAGUCCUGGCUUUACAGCCUGCUGGAAACCAGGGCUUGGGCAUGUGAGCUCAUCUCAUUGAACAGGGCUCAGGCAUUAAAAUAUUUUGAAAUAUUUAAUUGACAAAAAUUGAAUGUACACGAGAUGUACAAUGUGAUGAUUUUAUAUAAGUUUAUAUUAUUUAAUAAUUGUCACUAUCAAAUUAACACAUUCUUCACCACCCAUGAUGUAUGUUAGAUGCCAGAACUUGUUCAUCUUAUAACUGAAGGUUCAUACACUUUGACCAACAUCGCCCCAUUUCCCCCAUCCACAGCCUGUAGCAACCACCAUUUUUCUUCUCCUUCUAUGAGUUUGAGAUUUUUAGAUUCCACAUAUAAGUGAGAUAAUACUGUAUUUGUAUUUGUCUGGCUUAUUUCACUUAGCAUAUGUCCUCCAGGUUCACCUAUGCUGUAACAAAUGGCAGGAUUUCCUUCAUUUUUAUGACUGAAUAAUAUUCCAUUGUGUAUACGUAGCACAGUUUCCUUAUCCAUCAUCCACCGAUGGACACUUAGCUUGUUUCCAUAUCUCGGUGAUUGCGAAUAAUGCUUCUAUGAACAUGGGAGUGCAGAUAUCUCUUUGAUAAAAACCCAAUCUCUUAUCCAAAAACCCAGUAAUGGGGCUUCUGAAUCAUAUCAUAAUAGUUCUAUUUUUAACUUUUUGAGACUCUCCAUACUGUUUUCUGUUGCAGUUGUGCUAAUUUAGAACCCACCAGCAGUGCACGGCUCCCCUUUUCUGCAUCCUUGCCAGCCCUUGUUAUUUCUUGUCUUUUUGAUGGUAGAUUCCUAACAGGAGUGAGGUGAUGUCCCAGUGUGGUUUUGAUUCUCAUUUCCCUGAGGAUUAGUGAUUCAAGCAUUUUUUUAUGCACUUAUUGGUGAUUUACAUGUCGUCUUUGGAAAAAUGUCUAUUCAGGUCUUUUGCCUAUGUUUUGAUUGUGUUGUUUCUCAAUCUUUCUGUGUGUAAUUAUAAUGAAGGAUCUGAUAUGCAGUACAGGCUUAGUAAGUGUUAGUUCUGAUGGCACCAAUGAUCAUGACAGUGAGAACUGAAAUCUCAGAAUAUGGAAAUAUUAGACUGUGGUAUUCAUCUCUAGGGAAAGAUUCCUUAGAAACAGUCAUCAAACAAACAGAGGUUUUCAUGCAGAGGUGGUGCCUGCUUUUUCUGUGCUCUGAUACGCCGAGUGUGGAAACCACAGAUACUGUCCAAAUGUAGUGAAUAAGAAAAUGUGCCUAGACGUUAGGCAGCCAGGGUUCCAUCUGGGUCAAAUGCAUCCUGGCUCCGUGACUGAUCAAAUUGGCCAGUCUCUUUGAGUCUCAGUUUAUUCCUUGUAAAAUGGGGAUAAUAAUACUAUGAGACUCAAGUUUCUAUAAGGACUGUGCUUAACGUAGUGCCAGGCAUGUACUUUAAGUAUUGUUAUUUGAAUUUACAUUUAAAUACGUGGCCAGAACUCCCAGGUCUGAUUAGUUCCUGUGGAAUGGCCUACAGAGAGACCUUACAGAGUCUUUCUUGUAGAUGGCAUUUCAUGAGCAGCAAAGGUUGUCAGUGUGGAAUGAUUCAGUGGGAUUCCUGCUACACCAGAGUUCCUGGAGACUCAGACACAGAGAAGGAACACCUGCGGGCAGCCUCGUGUCCCAUGGAUACAGAAUGCCUUUUGCAUGAGCCUCAACUGCAGAGUUGCUCAGCAGUACUGUUACUAAAACUGGUCAUCUACUUUCUAAUUUUCUCUGCUGCCAUAUUGCCCGUCCAGGUAAUUUCCAUGUUCAGUAUUAAAAGGUGGAUACUUCCACAUUGGUCUUCACUUUGAUAGCAUGUUGUUUCUUCAUGUUUUACCAACCUGUGUGAUCAGAGCUUCUUAUACAGAGGCUUUAGGGUGGGCUGUUGCAAAACAAUCCCUAUGAACACCCAUGUAUCAUAUUAACAGUAUGAUUCUGGCACAUUUGUGUCUGAAUCAGGAAUAGAAACAAGACCUUUAUGAUAAUAGCUUAAUAUUUUCCCUCUUUGCACCUUGGCUUAUUACCCAUCUGAAGUAAUGUCAUCUAUCUAUCUAUCUAUCAUCUAUCUAUGUAUCUAUCAUCUAUCUAUCUAUCUAUCAAUCAUCUA